AUGACUAUCCGUUCCUUCCCCUUCAUCAUCGUCUGUCUCAAUGUUCUCCGGGACAUCACAUACGUGAUGGGCCACACCACCGAGUGCGAUGCCGAGUGUGCCGCCACCUAUCCCGGGUCGUAUUGUAAAUACUGGCAGACACCUAGCAGGUGCUUUGGCUCCAACGUCCCUUGUUACUGCGGGUCGGGUGAGACAACUGAAGUUCCCCGUAAUUGUGAUGCUGGUUGUGCCUCGGAUACUCCUGGCUCCUACUGCAAGUACUGGGCUACACCAAGCACCUGCCAUUCAUCCAAUGAGCCAUGCACUUGCGAGGCUGCUGCAGUUACCACUACUCCAA